GGCGGUAAAUCUGCUGCGUUGUGUCUCUGUGACACUCAGCAGAAGUAAAGCGACUCCAUCAGCAUCUCCAGUGGAUUCAGUUAGAAAACGGUUGUCUUCGUGUUUCAGCUGAAUAUCUCAGUAACAAUGUCUUCCGUUCAGCAGCUGAGAGAUUUUAUCAGAGAGAGACUAACUGCUGCUGCGGAAGAAAUCUUCAUUCAGGUAGAAAAAACCAUCGUCCGCUCCGAGGAGGACAUUAAACUGCUGGAAACCUGCUGGAAACCUCAGAUAAAACUCACCAGAAUCGAUCAGCCAAAGCUGCAUGUCGACAACAAGGAGGUUCUGACCGACCCAGAGCUCCAGAACCAGCAGAGGAGCUCCAGUCUAGACCAGGAGGAACCAGCGAUUAGACCGAACCAGGAGGAACCAGAACCUACAGAGAUUAGACCGAACCAGGAGGAACUAGAAUCUCCAGAGAUUAGACCGAACCAGGAGGAACCAGAACCUCCAGAGAUUAGACCGAACCAGGAGGAACCAGAGUUUGGAAGAGUGGUGAUCGGGUUCCAAGAGGAGACCAGACUGCUGGGUAUCUGCUGGCUUCCCCAUGUUCUUCUCACCAGAACCGACGUCCCAAAGCAGCACGUCUGCAGGACGGAGGAGGUUCUGAACCAGGAGGAACCAGAACCAGUUGAAGACGAACUCUCUGAUGCAGAACAUUUCCCGUCUGAAGAGGACCAGGAAAACCAAGAAGGUCCACUGAUGAACGAGGAUCUGGAGGGUCUGGAGCCAAACCAGAGGGAACCAGAACCAGGACCGCCACAUCAGGAGAGCGGGCCUGAAGAACCGCAGCUGCAGGAGGUGGAGAUCUGCAGCGGCCAGCAGCUGCCACCGGACUGUGACGCCUUCAUGAAACCUCUGUCAGAUGAAGAGUGUGAGCUGGAACCAGACAUGGAUCAGAACCUCCCUGGUUCUGAUCAGGACAGUUUUAACUCAGGUUUUAAAUCAGAUCCUCAUCAGAUCAAAGAGGAUCUGGAACAAAAACUUCAGGGAACAAAAACACAAAAACGUCUUCCAGCAAAGUCGGCCCACAAAUCUCAAAAGAAAGUCAGAAAGAAAGAAAAUGUCAUUUUUUGUACGACAUGUGGGAAAAGGUAUUAUUAUGUAAAAUCUCUAGUGACGCACAUGAGAACCCACGUUGUGAAGCUGCACUCAUGUGAAACCUGCGGGAACGAGUUUAGUUCUGCAGAGGCCCUGAGCAGCCACAUGACGGAGCACAGCCUAGACAAGCUCCACUCCUGUGAAACAUGCGGGGAACGGUUCUAUCGGGAAUCUUCUCUACUGACGCACAUAAGAGACCACAGCGAUGAGACGUCCCACCCAUGUGAAGUAUGUGGGAAAAGAUGUUUGACUGGGAAAGCUCUGCUGGUCCACAUGAGAAGCCACGGUGCUGAGAAGUCCUGCUAAUGUGAAGCCUGUGAGAAAAGGUUCAUCUCAUGCUCUGGUUUACAGACUCAGCUGAGAAACUCCACUCAUGUGACGUUUGUGGGAAAACCUUUCCCUCAGCCACAUGUUGGUCCCUCAAAGCAGCAGAAUGAGGGACUCAGUACUAAAGUCCAAUCCUCAUAUCAGAGCUAACUCAGCCAUUCACUCAUAUUCCUGUUCGUCUGAACUGUGUUGUUAAACCAAGGACAGACAGAAAGGUCCAUAAAACUCCACAACUGAGAAUAAAUAAAGCUCCACUAAGAUGCAUGAGAAGCUUCAUGUAUGUGAAACGUGGCAUAAAAUGUAAACUCUAAUGAAACUGUGCAGAAAUACGACUCAUGAUAUUUGUGAUAAUUCUCUGACGGCGGAGCGUAAAUGAAGCAUUCACAGCAAACAUGGAGAAGUUCCUGAAUAUUUACUUGGUUCAUCCUAAACCUCAGAUUGUUCUGCUGGAUCAGUUGUUACAGAAUAUUUUCAGAGUUUCUCUUUAUUCAAACACAAGUGACAUCACAAAGGUCAAAGGUCUUUAGAAGUUAAGCAGUGGAUGUUUCAGGGUUUGUUUUUCACGAUGAACAAACGAGUCAGAAUGUUUCAGUUCUUCUGACCUGUGGUGAACUUGACCCUCUGCUCCUCAUGGCUUUAUUUUCUGUUUAGAUUAUUUAGAUUUGGUUGUUUUUAUGUUUCUGUUAUGACUGCUGGUUUGUAGUUUUAGUCUGCAGCUCUUUGUUUGCAGUAGUUUGUUUCUGACCUGUUGGUCAAACGGUCAUGAAGAAUCUUUGACCGUUUCCAUGUCAAUGAUUUUUAUUUCUUAAAUCUUUAACUGGAUUGGAUUUUAUUAGUUAUUUUCAAUAAUAAUUUGAUACUGUUUGGAAAAUAAAAUAAUAUUGACAAUUUAAAAGGUCUCUGUAAAUUCAGUUGUGAUUUAAAAGGUUCUGAUCUGUGGACGCCGUCAAUGUUUAGAUGUGUUUUAUGAAUAAGUUAUUAAAUAUUUUCUGAAACUCA